UUUCAAACAGAAAAUAUUGCUGGGAAGUUGGUUUUCUAUCAGAUGGAGGGAAACGCCACCUAUGUGAGGGACAUGGGAGAACUGGCUUCAGAUGUUCCCACUGAGACCAUGUUUGAACUCUUUGAUCCCGAAAAGAAUUUCAGCAAGGCAAAGUUCACCUAUACGUGGGACUUAGGAAACGGAAAGGUGAUCCAAGGGACCGAGCCAGUCGUCCGCUAUCAUUACUCAGAGUCUGGGAACUACACGCUGAGGCUGAAAGUUGGAGUGAAUGUGACCAAAUAUGCACCUUUGCUCACUGACUUCUACUCCAUGGACAUCCAAGUGCUUGAUGCCAUUAAAAACAUUGAGCUGAAGGGGCCUUCAGAUUAUGAGGUUUCUCAAAACGCCAGUUUGGCUUUUCAUGUCAAUGGAAGUCCUCCCAUGUGGGUAUGCUGGCAUUUUUUGCCCAACUGCGUGCCGGACCUGACGGCAGGCUGCACGCUGACCAUGCUGUACGAAAACACCCUGCGACUGAAUCACACCUUCACCUCUGCUGGCGUCCACUGCUUGGACAUCAGCAUCCGCAACGACAUCAGCAAGCUGCAGACCUCCUUCAGCCUCUACGUCAAGAGAAGCACAACCUUCUCCUUCAUCACAGCCAUCGCCUGUCGGCCUCGUCACUACAUCAGAUCACGGAUUGUUGCUUCCAGUAACGCUGUAUUCCUGAAGAACCAAGGGUCUGAUGGUCAAAGCUCAAUUCUUUUUAACGUCUCCACCUUGGAGAGGGGAGAGAAGGAGCCUCUCCUCCUGCGGUAUGGAGCUCAGCACUCCUCUUAA